GGAACCCGUCCCCUCCGGUUCCUACGCCCUUGUAUGCCCGACACAUGUCCGUCACGUGACUGAUCGCUGGUUCUGCAGGAGCUCGAGACCGAACCGAAGCCCGACCAUGGAAAUCUCCUUGUGUGGAAAACACGCGCUGGUCACUGGAGCUGGGAAAGGAAUUGGCCGACACACAGCCUUGGCUCUAGCACGCUGCGGGGCAAAGGUCACAGCAGUCACACGGACACAGGCUGAUCUGGACACCCUGGUUCAAGAGUGUCCAUCCAUCACCCCAGUGUGUGUGGACCUUGCAGACUGGGAGGCCACCGAGGUUGCUCUGCAGGACAUCGGCCCAGUCUCUCUCCUGGUGAAUAACGCUGCUUACGCCAGCCUACAGCCGUUUCUGGAGGUCACACCUGACCAGUUUGACCAAUCCUUCAGUGUGAAUGUGAGAGCUGUACUGCAUGUGUCUCAGGUAGUGGCUCGUGGUAUGAAGGCUCGUGGGUCAGGAGGCUCCAUAGUCAACGUGUCGAGCCAGGCUUCGCAGCGUGCCCUCAGGGACCACUCCGUCUACUGUGCCACCAAAGGUGCCUUGGACAUGCUGACCAGAGUGAUGGCUCUGGAGCUGGGACCAUACCAGAUACGUGUGAACAGUGUAAACCCCACUGUGGUUAUGACAGAGAUGGGCCGCCUGGGCUGGAGCGACCCCGACAAAGCCCAAACCAUGACGUCCCGCAUCCCACUCGGCCACUUCGCAGAGGUGGAGGACGUGGUGAACGCCAUACUGUUCCUGCUAAGUGACGGCAGCAGAAUGAUUCAUGGAGUCACUUUGCCAGUGGAUGGAGGCUUCCUGGCCUGCUAAAUCUGUAUAAUAUAACCCUUACUGCAGCUCAUGGUCCUAAUCCUCAUUCUGCUUAAUCUAAGUGUGUACUAAGCACAACACAGUUUGUAAUCCCUUAUAAAUAAACUUGCAGAUUUCU